AUGCAAGUGACAAUUGAAUUAACUUAUAGAUAUUACACUGAAUAUGUUGAUGUGCAUGUUAUGAAUAAAAUAAAUCUUAGUCAACAUAUCUGGAAAAAAGACAAAGAUCAAAUUCAGUCAGCUAUUAAACUUAUUGAAAUGUACACUGAUAUUGAAAUUAUGUUAAGCAUUAUAGAUAGUGAAGUUACUAUGAUCAGUUUUGGAAUUAUAGAAAUAAUCAAUCAGUUAGAAAUGAAUAUGGUUGAAAUUGAUAUAAAUAAACAUAAAGACCUUGUUCUAUUAACUCAAGGUUUAGAACCUAUUGAAGAAGAUGAAGUUGAUAAAACAUAUGAGCUAGUAGAUAAAAAUAAACACUAUAUAGAUACAUCAACAAAACAAGAUAAAGAAUUAAAUAAUGAAGCUGAUGAGGAACUUGUAGAAGCACUUCAAGAAUAUGAGAAAGGUGAGAAUAGAAUUAUUAAUAAUAUAAUUCUUGAGGAAUUUAAUCAGUCAUAG